AUGCCAAAAAUUGCAAUUGUUCAAGCUGGAACAGUUCUUUACGACACUCCCGCAACUAUUAGAAAAUUGGAAAAGUUUGUGAAUGAGGCGGCAAACAAUAACGUCGAUCUCGUUUUGUUUCCAGAAGCUUUUGUUGGCGGAUACCCGAAAUGGAACAGCUUUGGAAUAACGCUUGGCACUCGGACGAUGGAAGGACGAGAGGAAUAUUUGAAAUAUUUCAACAAUGCGAUUGAGGAGAAUGGACCGGAAUGCCAGCAAAUCGAAGAAUUGGCAAAAAAUAAAAACAUUCACAUCGUUGUCGGAGUCAUCGAAAAACUCGGAACCACGUUAUACUGCUCGGCGUUUUUCUUCUCUCCAAACGGCUAUAUCGGAAAACAUAGAAAGUUGUUGCCGACAGCACUUGAAAGAUGCAUUUGGGGCCAAGGAGAUGGCAGUGAUGUAAAGGUGUUUGAAACAUCGUUUGGAAAUAUUUCUGCAACUAUUUGCUGGGAAAAUUAUAUGCCCCUUUUAAGAUUCUCGUUGUACAGUAAAGGAGUUCAAAUCUAUCUUGCUCCAACGGUCGAUGAUCGUGAAGUUUGGCUACCAACUAUGCGGACGAUAGCACUUGAAGGAAGAUGUUUUGUUGUGUCGGCUUGCCAAUUUCUGAAAAGUUCGGCUUACCCUGAAGAGCACUACCUCAGAAAGGAACAUGGCGAUGAUAAAGUCUUGAUUCGCGGCGGAUCAUGCGCAGUCGACCCAUUAGGAAACGUUCUAGUCGAACCCGAUUUCACGCAAGAGAUAAUUAGAUAUGUUGAAUUCGACACUUCCACAAUCACACUCGGAAAAAUGGAUCUCGACGUGACCGGUCAUUACAGCCGUCCAGACGUGUUCCAACUUCAUGUUAACGACCAAUCCAAUUCGAACGUCAAAUUCUCAUCGGAAAAAUAA